AUGUUUGGACAUGAUCCUGAAUUCGGAAGUGGUGAUGGAGAUCUUAAUAUACAAUUAUUUGGCUUGUCUACAUUACAUAAAGCUACAAACAACUUUUCAGUGAACAAUAAACUUGGAAAGGGUGGGUUUGGACUCGUUUACAAGGGUGUGCUUGAAGAUGGGCAGGUAAUACCAGUGAAGCGGCUAUCAACAACAUCCGCUCAAGGACUUCAGGAGUUCAAGAAUGAAGUCAUCUCAAUAUCUAAACUACAACAUCGGAAUCUUGUCAAACUCUUGGGUUAUUGCGUAGAGGGAGCCGAAAAGAUGUUGAUUUAUGAAUACAUGUCAAACAAAAGCCUCGAUUCCUUCUUAUUUGAUGAGACACAACGUGAACUCCUUGAUUGGCCUGCGCGUUACCACAUUAUCAAUAGAAUUGCUCGUGGACUUCUUUAUCUUCAUCAGGAUUCUCGGCUCAGAAUCAUACAUAGAGAUCUCAAAGCCAGCAACAUAUUGCUUGACUCAGAUAUGAACCCAAAGAUAUCAGAUUUUGGCCUGGCUAGAACUUUUGGAAGUAAUCAGAUAGUGGCUAACACAAAGAGAGUGGCUGGAACAGAUGGCUACAUGGCACCAGAGUAUGCAACUCGUGGUAUAUUUUCCAUAAAAUCAGACGUAUAUAGCUUUGGCGUAUUAGUGCUUGAAAUUGCGUGUGGGGAGAAAAACACAAAAUUCGUCUGCAAAGAACAUUGUGACACCCUUAUUGGACAUGCAUGGGGACUCCAUAAUGAAGGUAGAACCUUGCAGCUAGUUGAUAAAUGUCUAGGCGAAUUAGUUGAUGUGUCUCAAGUAAUACGAUCAAUCCAUAUUGGUUUGUUGUGUGUUCAACGUAACCCACAAGAUAGACCAACUAUGACUUCGGUGUUCAGUAUGUUGGUUAGUGAGGGCCCAUUGCCUUCACCCAAAGUUCCAGGCUUUUACAUUGGAAAAGCUAAGCAAGAAGCACACAACCUUCGAGCUUAUAUGGAGCAUGUUCUAACAAUGAACUAA